ACUGCGUGCGUUAUACGAAGUUGUCACCAGCCACUUGAUCAUUUCUCAAUCGCAGCAACGGUGAAUUCGAGGAUCGAUCCGGAGACUCAUCAUCUUCCCAUUAAUUCCGGACCUUUCUUCGCCGCGCGAGGAGAGAUGCUUGCUUGACGACCGUUCUCGCCUCUAUCUUUAACUGUUUUUGUCUCAACGAGUAAAGAGAAGAAUGUCGACUCCAGCGAGGAAGAGGUUGAUGAGGGAUUUCAAGAGGUUGCAGCAAGACCCACCUGCUGGUAUUAGCGGUGCUCCCCAAGACAACAACAUCAUGCUCUGGAAUGCUGUUAUUUUCGGGCCUGAUGACACCCCAUGGGAUGGAGGUACUUUCAAACUCUCACUGCAGUUUUCUGAAGAUUAUCCAAACAAACCACCUACUGUUCGGUUUGUUUCACGGAUGUUCCAUCCUAAUAUUUAUGCUGAUGGGAGUAUAUGCUUAGACAUCCUCCAAAACCAGUGGAGUCCUAUAUAUGAUGUCGCUGCUAUACUUACCUCCAUUCAGUCAUUGCUCUGUGAUCCUAAUCCAAAUUCUCCUGCGAAUUCCGAAGCUGCACGAAUGUUCAGCGAAAGCAAACGCGAGUACAACAGAAGAGUCCGCGAGGUUGUGGAACAAAGCUGGACUGCAGACUAGUUACUAUAAUAUGCUCUGGAACAUCCUCUCUUUUGUGUCUCUUUCUCUUUCCUGUCUUCCAUGUGUUUUUCAAACUCUGUGAUUGUUGCUUUUAAUGUUCUUAUAUUUCCAUGUAUUAUCUCAACCACUUUCAUCUUCAUAAUUAUCGGUAUCUAUUUCAGUUUGAUCA